UGCCGGCCCCUGGACGGGGCAGUGCCCUGACUUGGUAAAAGUCGCGGUCGCUCCAGCUGGAACGGGACACAAGGCGUCACUGCUUCCUGCCCUGUCCCAGGCUGGAGUCGCUGCCGGCCUGCAAGGGCCAACUUCCCUGGGCUGCUAGGGGCAGAAAGGGGCCUCUUCCCGAUCCGCAUGGAGCUUUGCGGCCCAGCCGCCCAUUGGUCCGGCUGGAAGAAGGAAGGGCUGGGCGUGGCAAGGAGGGCCUCCGCCCUCUGACAAGGAUGCUGCUGCCAGGGACUCUGCCAAGAGGUGCAGGGGCUGUGCCUGGCCCCCGUUUCUCUGAGAGGGAAAAGCAUGCGCCUGGGGCACCACAGCAUCACUUGAUCAGCAGCCACAUGACUGUCAGCUGAGAGUCAUGGGGGGGGGCAUAGGCCAGCUGGCCGGUUGGGCUCAGGGCUGCUUUCUUCGCUGGCCUGUGGCCAGGCCCUUCAGGGUCAGUUAGUUGCUCCUAGAGCCUCCAGCAGCUUUUGCGUGGAGUUGAGAGUUCCUUUUGUGCUGGAAACCCACCGCUGGAUGUUCCAGGACCUCUUGUCUUUCCGAGCAGGUAGGUGGUGCUCCCCCCACGGAUGCCGGCAGACACUGUGGCAGCUCUUUAGCUCAGUGCGAACUUCCUGGAUAGUCUUUCGGCUUCAUGCCGUACCAGAAUAAAUGCAACGGCUGCAGGUUGACGAGCUGCAGGAUAUGCCGCCUUCCCGUCGUUCUGCAGGUGGACGUUAAAGCCAGUCCCUAACUCUGACCCCACUCUGAGAAGGGACGCAGAUGCAGCGGGACUCCCUUUGAGGUAAAUGUAGCAAGACUGGCAUUACAGAGGAAGGCAGAAGCUCGCUGGCAGCUUGAACAGCAACGCAGCCAGGACCCAGGAGCAGGGGAGCAGCGGGUGAACAGGCAUUCAGUCUUCCAUGCUCAGGUGGCUUUUGAAGUGGUGUGGCUUAAUCCAGAGGCUGCAGCUGGGGAAAGAUGCAGCUGAUAGCCGGCUUUUGGUGCCUUGACUCAGGAAUGUAUGCCUCUCCAAGAGAAAACUGCCUGUGUGUCCAGGUGGAGGCUGUGUCGCUGCUAAGCUGUCCUGAGACCAUUGCUGAAUUUCUAAUCCCUGUCUAUGCUGAUUCAUAAGAGCAUAAGCCGUGCCCUGCUGGGUGGAAGCCUGUCUCAUCCAGUCCAGAGUCUUUCUCCAGCAGCUGCCCAAGGAAGCCCAUGGAUCUCCCAGCAGAUGCCCUUCAGAGGCAGCCCCGCUGCCAUCAAGGCUAAGAGCCAUUAAUUCCCAGGACUUCCAUGAAUGGGUCCAACUCGUCUUUGAGGCCAGCAAAGUCAGCACCACAUCUCGUGGUAGCAAAUUCCAAUGUUCAUCCUGCAGACAGUGCAACAACAGGAUGGCAAAGGACUUGAACCCCACUGAAAUAAAUCCUCUGGGGGGGAUUUGCAGAUCCCCUUCCAUAAAACAUUUUCUUAGAACAUUAUCCACGUGCAUAAGAAUGCGGUCACAUUUUAAAGUGCCUUUUGCCGAACUUAAGUGCUGCCAAUUAAUAGGCCCUGUGAACCUCGUUUCUGCUUAUGUCCUCAAUCAAAAGGAGCAGACCCCCUCCUUUAGGCACUCUCCCCACUUCUGCCAAGGGCCUCUCAUUUCCAUGGCACCAAACUCAGUCACGCUGCGCUGUGGACCAGCCUUCCCUAUGGUGCUCCGUGUUGGCCCAGGUUCAAGAUGCUCUUAAAUAACGCGCUAAAAGGAUUUUUUUUCUCAUGCACUCUGUUCCACCAUAAUAGCUGAAACAAGUCUUUAUUAAGGAGUCAUAUGAUGCUGAUUAUAUCUUGAUUUGUCAGUUGUACAGCAAAACCACAGAUCUUCCCUGUUUGUGGCAGGAAAACCACAAACCGUGGUGCCUGUUGGAGUUCUUCCUGAAUUCAGUUCCUCUUUAAACACUACACAUGCAAGGAGAUGUGGAGAAUUUGGCAGGAAAAGAAGUGGUCCAAGGCCAAUGGAAAAACAUCAAGUAUAUGGAGGAAGUUUAAUUAAACGUAGUAUAAGGAAGAACUGCUUUAUUAAACUUGCCAUGCACACAAGAAAAUUCCUAUGAAUAUUACCACAUGGGGGGUCUAACCGAAUGCCCUUUGGAAGGGCGGGGGGCUGCAGGUGUCUGUCUGCCUCCCCACAUGCCCUCAGCCCUGCGAGGCAACACCCAAGGGUUUGGUGUCUGCAGGGGCACGGACCUGUGCAGACCAGCCAGGCGUGCAGCAGAGGCAGCUCGCGUGCACUCCUUGCAGAACUGCAGUUGCAGUCAGUGUCUGCGCUCUGGAGAACAGCUGUGGACCAGGAUCUCCUGGUUUCCGAACAGAGCAGCCCUAUCACUUUACCAGCUGAAACAGACAAGAGGGUCUUGCUCCAAGGCAGCGAGUUGCAGGUUGGUGCCUGCCUUCUGGCAUCCUCGGUCUGGAUCCAGACAGGAGCCUUCGAGGUUCAGGAUCCUUUUGAAAAGGAUGUGAAUUCUUUGCACUUUGGGGGGCUUCACACAUACUCCACUCUGAUGACGUAUGAAAGAAAACACCCAAGGUGUGCAAUCAAACUGAUUUAGCAAGAGAAAUGGCUGUUUUAGCUGCAGGGACUGAUAAACCCUGGGCAGCACCACUUCCUACAGAAGCCGGCCAUACCGUGACGGUUUUCCUCGCUAAUCUUUGCAGCAACAAAGCAAGCAACAGCAGCUCCUGAUUCAUCCUGCACUGUUGAGUGAAUGGGCACGUUUUAUCCUUGAAGUUGCCAGGCUACAGAAGCCUUCAGCCGGGGACAAGGCUGCUUCCAAGGACUGCCAGAGAGUUCCCUUCCCCUCUUCCACGGUACCUCCCUGCAGCAGUGGCGGCAUUCAGCCUCAGGGCCUCCCCUGGUUCCUCUGCCCAGUCCCCCCCCCGCCUCCUCCCCAACACAGGAAAUCCUGCUUCCAACUGUGGGGAAGUGGGAUCGGGAUCCUGGGCGGGCCACUCUUGGGCUGUGGGUUUUGUGGCCUGUGGGAAUUUCCCCCCAGCUUUCAGCACGGGGUCCCUGCACAACACACUGCCCUCCCAGUGUCACAGAAAAAGCUGUGGAAGAACCACCAAGGGGGCCAUUGUCAAAGCAGCGCAGCCAGGCCCAAAUGGCCAGAGAGGAAAUCCCCUGAAGGGUCAGCGAUCCGGUGAGGACCAGCCGCUGCAUGUGGCAAAGGAUGAGACGCAGAACGGAUCUGGUAUUUUAGUAUUCCUUCUUGAUGACGUUUGAGCUGCUGAAGCCUUAAGGGUGAAUGUCCACAUUUGUACCCCGCUCCGGCAUAUUGGAGAAAUUUUGCUAAAAGGCUGUUACUGAAGAUCACCCGCUAUGUCUGACGGGGACUACGAUUACCUCAUCAAGUUCCUAGCCCUUGGUGAUUCUGGGGUUGGAAAGACCAGUUUCCUUUACCAGUACACAGACGGGAAAUUCAAUUCCAAAUUCAUCACAACUGUUGGCAUUGAUUUCCGGGAAAAGAGGGUGGUGUACCGAUCCGACAGACCAGAUGGGGUCAGCGGCCGAGGGCAAAGAAUACAUCUUCAGCUGUGGGACACAGCAGGGCAGGAAAGGUUCCGCAGCUUGACCACUGCCUUCUUCAGGGAUGCCAUGGGCUUCCUCCUCCUCUUUGAUCUGACCAGUGAGCAGAGCUUCCUCAAUGUCCGAAACUGGAUGAGUAAGUCUCACCCGCUUUCAGCAGCCGGGGCAGGCCCGGGCUGAGGGGGGGGUCCCACCUGCCAGCAGGCACUGGCCAAGCCUCCAGGGAGCCCGGCGGAGCAACCAGAGGCACCGCCAGCGCCGGAGCGCCAGUUGCGGAAGAGAAACGCAUCAGCAGAAUGCAUGGCCGGCCGGCCGGCGGGCAGCCUCUGUCCCGAGGAGCUUGCGGUUCAUGGCCGAGCUGCCGGUUAGGGUUAGGAUGGCCGGGCUGCAAGGGGCCCGGCCGAGCCGGAGGGCCGCGCCGCGGGCAG